AUGCAACAUAACAAGAUUAGAAUGUCUACAGAUCAGAGAACUCUUGUUCUGAGGAACAGUGAUGGAAGUGAAAAGCGGGUGCGGUGCCAGACAGAAGUUUUUAACAUGCUGCUCUCAAAGGAGACAGAUCUAUCAGUCAAAAGCUUAGUUCUACAGUCUCUUCUAAAUGAAGAAAAGUCGGAUCUGCCAUCCAGCUUUAGUAGAUCAGAUGACCAGCAUUCAGCAUCAUCUGACACUUCAUCAUUCACUUCUGCAUCAUCGUCUAGAACGGAAUCCCCUAUUACUUGUGAAAAUACCAGCAACACAUACGUUUGGAAGGCAGAAGAAGAAGAUGUUUUGGUAAAUCUCAGGCAUGAGAAAAAUGAGAAGUUUUUAAAAUCCAAAAACCAUUCCACGUUGUGGAAAGACAUUACUGCUUAAAGAUACUCUCCACUGUAUUGUUACCCCUAAUCAGGCAAUGAACAAGUAUUACAGUCUGAAAAAAAACGCUGGAAAGAAGUUGUUGAUGCCCCAACUUGAACUGAAAGGAAAUAUUUUCGACAGAAAGAGCAGUUUGAUGAAAUAUAUGGUACAAGAGAAAGUACAAAACCCACCAUCACGUUAGACACAUUGGAAAAAAACCCUGAAAGACAAGGACCUAAACAGUCUUCAGAGCAACCUAGAAGGAAUAAAGGUACAGCGAAAAGACGUUCAGACGUGCUGGAAGUACUAGAAAGACAUAACAAACAAUUCAAUGACAAAAUGGAGCAGAUGCACACAGAUAAAAUGGCAAAACUGACAGACUUUUAAAUCUUUAUGAAAGAGAAAUUGAAGCAAAAGAAAGCUGCAAUAAGUAAAUGAUUUUUCGAUAUCGCUUUCAUUAGACUAGUGCACAUUUUACUGAAACUAAACAUUUAGAAUUUUAUUUGAACACUAAGUAAAGUGACAAGUGACCUAAGUGAUGAAAGCAGUAAAGAACUGUUUUCAAGUUUGAAUGUUAUUUUAAAAAAACCCUGAAUAAUGUUAACCGUUUAGCAUUGGUUUUCAGCAUUUCCAGACUUCCCUAAUGUCUUUUUAGAAUGCAAUGUUGUACUCUAUUUUCUUUUUUGGACAAACAUAUUUUUGGUCGUAUACUUGGGUUUAAUUAAUAAUCGUUUUUUAUGGAAGAAAACAUCAUUACACAAAGUAUUCAAUUUUCUUCUAAAUGUAGAUUAUCUGUCGUGUAGUUACACGUAUUUCGUACUUUGGUCUUAAAUAUGCAUUUAAGAGACAUAAUUAUAUGUAAUUUUAUGUAAUACACGAACUAGUUGAUGCAUGUCUGCAUAUAGUUUAUGAAUUAUUUCUUAUAAGCUGUUCAGCAACAAUGCUUCUAUAAAGUUUAUCAGCUUGAAACAAAACAAAGCUGCAAUAAAUAAAUGAUUUUUCAAUAUUUUUUUCUUAAGUGCACAUUUAACUAAAAGUAAACAUUUAGAAAAUUUCAUUUGAACACUUAAGUAAAGUGACAAGUUGAUGUGCGGACAUUGAUAUUGUGAUAACUAAGCUGUUAUGUGUUUUUCUUGUGUUACAGAUUACUUUAUAUUGUGCCAAAUAGCAAUUUGUUGAAGUUUUGUUAUUCAUUUUAUAAAUAAA